UUGGGACUUUUCAGAAGUGGAGGAGGCACUUAAAUUUCGGUGCAAUUCUUCAGCAGUCGCAUUUUCUGUCAAGAGAAGCGCUGUACGGUUUUGUCUCUCACAGAGCCGUUGUUUUAUGAAAUAAAGCGCCGAUAAGAAAAGAGUUUCUUCACAACACAUCGCGAUUUCCGCUUGUUUGGCUGUUGUUCUGCAGCGCAUCAGCUGAAGACUAACAACAACAGAAUAAAGAAAGUCUGAUACAUCUUGGAAGGCAUGAGAGGGAUGUUUGAGAAAGCGACGAAAAAGCUGGUCCGGCAGAUAGAUCCUAAUGGUGCUCUGAUUGCGUCUUCCAGUCUGAAUGAUUCAAAAAAACUCCAGCCGCUUGCGGUGGUGCUGAAAAGCCAGAAAGUUUGGUUCUGGCAGCAAACUAAGUACAUACCUACACCUUUCACUCUUCAAGACCUGCUGCUGGGGAAAGCAAUAAAACCAGUGCGUGAGGAGACAGACCUUGUGAAAUAUCAGGGAACAUACACAAACUCUAUGAGUGGAUCUUUGGAGGUGGGAGGUGGCGGUGUCACCCUAAAUGCGAAUGGACAGGGCACGUCUAAACUCUGCUUAUCUCUCGGGACACUUCGCAAGGAGGAUGUAAAUAUUCCACAACUUUUGAAGGACUCCAGAGGCAGUACGAUAGACACCCAUCACUCCUUGAUUCAGCAGUCACUGAAAAGGAAAAAGGUUUUUACCCUCCUGAAAGAGCGAAUCUUUACCACCUGUGAAUGUACCAUCUCCUAUACCGGACUGGAGAAGAGCGGCUGCCUCGCCAUUUUGGGAGCACGUUGUGCAGAGAUAUUCAUGAAAGAGACCGGUAAACUACAAUACGACUCUGAGAUUGCUAUAGAGAUCCCACCAGACACUGUAAUGGCUUACAGUGUCAUUGAAAUGAACAUCAGCAGUGAUGGCUACUUUGAUUUGUGCGUUGAGCCUAGUGGGAUUGAGGCAGAUGACAUUUCUCAAAAUACCUUUUCUGGUUACUCUGAGGUGGAUGGUCUGUGGACACCACAAGAGAUCAAGGAAGGGUCCCCACUUAGUACCCUGAAGAAAGCACUUGCAGAUGUUCAGAUGAGGUUUUGUUUACUGGCUGAUCUGUCUGCUGAGUGCUGUUCCUGCUUACUCAAAUUGUUCAGCCAAAUUCUGUUGGAUAGAUGCAUCCUAUCAGCUUUGAUGGAUAAGCUCGAGGUGCUAAUCAGUGGCGAAGCACCAUGUUUCUUCAAGAAUGAGUUGUCUGAUGAACAGAGCCAGGUCAUUGGUGCAUUUUUAGACUUGCUGAAGUGCGAACCAUUUGAAAAGGGUGGUCACACCACAACAUCAAUGGAAUUGUCCAAUCAGAAUGGAUCUCGGGUAUCAACAGCCAAAAACAAUGGUCUUCCUUUGGCAUCUGAAAUGUACGGAUCAUCACAGAAUGGUUGUCACACAGCUGUAUCCCAUCAGAAUGGAAGUUCAUCAAAUGCAAAAGUUCUGAUUGCUAUGCAUAUGCUGAUCAGCGCCACUGAGGAGCUGACAGAUGCUGGACAGGACCUGCUAGGACAUUUCUGCACUUCUGAAGGUCUUAAAAGUCUACAGGAUUUAGCAAAUCUUCUGACUGCUAACUGCUUGCCGCUCUGCAAGGAUACCAUUCCUGUUUUCUUACAAAAGGAGGAUGAAUUUCACAGAGUGGUGGAACUUUUUAAAUCAUGCAAUGUUUUGUUAAGGAAAAAGGAUAACAUAUUGACUGCUGAAAUUAGUUCUGGAGAGGGAUUCCUUCCGCUGGUUUUAUGUAUAGCCAUCCAUGGCCUUGCGUCCUUAGCUAGUAAGAUUUGGUGAUGGCUGAUGUGUCAAAAUGUGUAAUGUAUGAAAUCUUCCUUGUGUUCUCAAUACUGACUGACAACACCCUAGAACUAGACAGAAAUGUUAAAGAUGGAUUUGUACUUGCUUUGUCUUUUUUAUCUUUGUUCCUUUUAUAUCAGUUUAUCUAAUAACAAAUAUUUCUCUAACAAAAUGCAUUUAAUAAAUGUUUAUGUAUAAUUUAUUCAUAAGUCAUAUACACACAAUACCAAGUUAUUUAUUUUCCCUGCUACUAUACAAUUAUUUUAUGCAUGUGCGAAGAUUUAAAAAAUCUGAAUCUUAACUUUUACCAAUUCUAUUUUAAAAGGAUUGAUGUUG